CGAGAGUUCCAGUUUAGUUUCACUUUGAGCUCGGUUGUGUCACAGCAGCUCCUCUCUCCUUCUGAAAAGAUGAAGACAGAAAGUCUCUGGGAGCUGAUGUGGAUGUGAAUUCAGCAGCAGCUAACAAGCUUGUUGGCUUCAUGUGAAGGCUCUGCUAUGAGUCAGUGUGAGGACAAAGAGGAGGGAGUCCCUCCCUCUAAAACCACUCUGCGUGGGGAUCAUGACCGCCAGACCAGAGCUCAGAGGAUCCAUCAGAAACCAGACAGUCCUGAACCUGAACCCAGCUGUGUGUCCAUGAAGAGUGACAGGUCUAUGGAUCAUCCUGUAAACUUCAAAGAUGGACGCCACUCUGUUGAACAACGGAGGAAGCUGGAAAAACCUGAACCUGAACCCAGCUGUGUUUCCAUGAAGAGUGACAGGUCUAUGGAUCAUCCUGUACACUUCAAAGAUGGACCCCACUCUGUUGAACAAGGGAGGAAGCUGGAAAAACCUGAAUCUGAACCCAGCUGUGUGUCCAUGAAGAGUGACUGGUCUAUGGAUCUUCCUGUACACUUCAAAGAUGGACGCCACUCUGUUGAACAACGGAGGAAGCUGGAAAAACCUGAACCUGAACCCAGCUGUGUGUCCAUGAAGAGUGACUGGUCUAUGGAUCGUCCUGUAGCCUUCAAAGAUGGACGCCACUCUGAUGAACAACAGAGGAAGCUGGAAAAACCUGAACCUGAACCCAGCUGUGUGUCCAUGAAGAGUGACUGGUCUAUGGAUCGUCCUGUAGCCUUCAAAGAUGGACGCCACUCUGAUGAACAACGGAGGAAGCUGGGAAAACCUGAACCUGAACCCAGCUGUGUGUCCAUGAAGAGUGACUGGUCUAUGGAUCGUCCUGUAGCCUUCAAAGAUGGACGCCACUCUGAUGAACAACAGGGGAAGCUGGAAAAACCUGAACCUGAACCCAGCUGUGUGUCCAUGAAGAGUGACUGGUCUAUGGAUCUUCCUGUAUGCUUCAAAGAUGGACCCCACUCUGUUGAACAACGGAGGAAGCUGGAAAAACCUGAACCUGAACCCAGCUGUGUGUCCAUGAAGAGUGACAGGUCUAUGGAUCUUCCUGUAGCCUUCAAAGAUGGACGCCACUCUGAUGAAAAACGGAGGAAGCUGGAAAAACCUGAACCUGAACCCAGCUGUGUGUCCAUGAAGAGUGACUGGUCUAUGGAGCUUCCUGUAGCCUUCAAAGAUGGACGCCACUCUGAUGAACAACGGAGGAAGCUGGAAAAACCUGAACCUGAACCCAGCUGUGUGUCCAUGAAGAGUGACAGGUCUAUGGAUCUUCCUGUAGCCUUCAAAGAUGGACGCCACUCUGAUGAAAAACGGAGGAAGCUGGAAAAACCUGAACCUGAACCCAGCUGUGUGUCCAUGAAGAGUGACUGGUCUAUGGAGCUUCCUGUAGCCUUCAAAGAUGGACGCCACUCUGAUGAACAACGAGUGGACCAGGAGAGCUUGGAGGUUCCCAGUUUUCAGUCUGUCCAGCAGCAUCAAACACACCUGGACUCCAUAUUUAUGCUGCUGGAGGAGAACAUCGUCACUUUUGUGAAGAACGAGCUGAAGAAGAUCCAGAAGGUUUUAAAUUCAGAUUACCCAGAAUGCUUAGAGAGUGAGAGGGAGGAUGAGGAGGUGUUGGACGGUGAGGAUGAAGAGAAGAGGAGGAGCAGCAGAGAGGAAUUUCUGAAGAUCACACUGCACUUCCUGAGGAGAAUGAAGCAGGAGGAGCUGGCUGACUGUCUGCAGAGCAGAACUUUUGCAGCAGUUUGUCAGCGUGAACUCAAAUCUAACCUGAAGAAGAAGUUCCAGUGUGUGUUUGAGGGGAUCGCUAAAGCAGGAAAUCCAACCUUUCUGAAUCAGGUCUACACAGAGCUCCACAUCACUGAGGGAGGGACUGCAGAGGUCAAUGCUGAACAUGAGGUCAGACAGAUUGAAACAGCAUCCAGGAAACCACACAGACCAGAGACAACAAUCAGACAAGAAGACGUCUUUAAAGCCUCACCUGGAAGAGAUGAACCAAUCAGAACAGUGCUGACGAAGGGAGUGGCUGGCAUCGGGAAAACAGUCUUAACACAGAAGUUCACUCUGGACUGGGCUGAAGACAAAGCCAACCAGGACAUACAGUUCACAUUUCCGUUCACUUUCAGAGGGCUGAAUGUGGUGAAAGAGAAAAAGUACAGCUUGGUGGAGCUUGUUCAUGACUUCUUUACUGAAACCAAAGAAGCAGGAAUCUGCAGGUUUGAAGAGUUCCAGGUUGUGUUCAUCUUUGAUGGUCUGGAUGAGUGUAGACUUCCUCUGGACUUCCACAACAACAAGAUCCUGACUGAUGUCACAGAGUCCACCUCAGUGGAUGUGCUGCUGACAAACCUCAUCAGGGGGAACCUGCUUCCCUCUGCUCACAUCUGGAUAACUACACGACCUGCAGCAGCCAAUCAGAUCCCUCCUGAGUGUGUUGACAUGGUGACAGAGGUGAGAGGGUUCACCGACCCACAGAAGGAGGAGUACUUCAGAAAGAGAUCCAGAGACGAGGAGCAGACCAGAACAAUCAUCUCCCACAUCAAGAAAUCACGAACCCUCCACAUCAUGUGUCACAUCCCGGUCUUCUGCUGGAUCACGUCUACAGUUCUGGAGGAGGUGUUGAAGACCAGAGAGGGAGGAGAGCUGCCCAAGACCCUGACUGAGAUGUACAUCCACUUCCUGGUGGUUCAGUCCAAAGUGAAGAACAUCAAGUAUGAUGGAGGAGAUGAGACUGAUCCACACUGGAGUCCGGAGAGCAGGAAGAUGAUUGAGUAUCUGGGAAAACUGGCUUUUGAUCAGCUGCAGAAAGGCAACCUGAUCUUCUAUGAAUCCGACCUGACAGAGUGUGGCAUCGAUAUAAGAGCAGCCUCAGUGUACUCAGGAGUGUUCACACAGGUCUUUAAAGAGGAGAGAGGACUGUAUCAGGACAAGGUGUUCUGCUUCGUCCAUCUGAGUGUUCAGGAGUUUCUGGCUGCUCUUCAUGUACAUCUGACUUUCAUCAACUCUGGAGUCAAUCUGAUGGCAGAAGAAAUAACAACCUCCCAGAAGUCUGAGACACACGUCUACCAGAGUGCUGUGGACAAGGCCUUGCAGAGUCCAAAUGGACACCUGGACUUGUUCCUCCGCUUCCUCCUGGGUCUUUCGCUGCAGACCAAUCAGACUCUCCUACAAGGCCUGCUGACACAGACAGGACGUAGCUCACAGACCAAUCAGGAAACAGUCCAGCACAUCAGGAAGAAGCUGGAUGAGGAUCUCUCUGCAGAGAAAAGCAUCAAUCUGUUCCACUGUCUGAAUGAACUGAAUGAUCAUUCUCUGGUGAAGGACAUCCAACAGUACCUGAGUUCAGGACGUCUCUCCACGUAUACAUUGUCUCCUGCUCAGUGGUCAGCUCUGGUCUUCAUCUUACUGUCAUCAGAAGAAGAUCUGGACAUGUUUGACCUGAAGAAAUACUCUGCUUCAGAGGAGGCUCUUCUGAGGCUGCUGCCAGUGGUCAAAGCCUCCAACAAAGCUCUACUGAGUGGCUGUAACCUCUCAGAGAGAAGCUGUGAGGCUCUGUCCUCAGUUCUCAGCUCCCAGUCCUCUAGUCUGAGAGAGCUGGACCUGAGUAACAACAACCUGCAGGAUUCAGGAGUGAAGUGGUUGUCUGCUGGAAUGGAGAGUCUACACUGUACUCUGGAAACUCUCAGGCUGUCAGGCUGUCUGAUCACAGAGGAAGGCUGUUCUUCUCUGGCCUCAGCUCUGAGCUCCAACCCCUCCCAUCUGAGAGAGCUGGACCUGAGCUACAACCAUCCAAGAGACUCCGGAGAGAAGCUGCUGUCUUCUGGAUUGGAGGAUCCACACUGGAGACUGGACACUCUCAGGUUGGAGCCUGCUGGAGUCCGAUGGUUGACACCCGGUCUGAGGAAGUAUUACUGUGAACUCACACUCGACACAAACACAGUGAACAGAAAGCUCAAACUGUCUGACAACAACAGGAAGGUGACAUGUGCGGACUAUCAGUCAUAUCCUGAUCAUCCAGACAGAUUUGACAGGAAUUAUCAGCUGCUGUGUAGAACUGGUCUGACUGGUCGCUGUUACUGGGAGGUCGAGUGGAGAGGAAAGGUUUCUAUAUCAGUGAGUUACAGAAGAAUCAGCAGGAGAGGAUACAAAGAAGACGCUGUGUUUGGAAGGAAUGAUCAGUCCUGGAGUCUGAGGUGCUUUGGUGCUCGUCAUUACUCUGCCUGGCACAAUAACAGGGAAACACCCAUCAUCCCCUUCUCCUCCCCCUCCGGUAGAGUAGCAGUGUAUGUAGACUGUCCUGCUGGCACUCUGUCCUUCUACAGCGUCUCCUCUGACACACUGAUCCACCUCCACACCUUCAACACCACAUUCACCGAACCUCUUUAUCCUGGGUUUGGGUUUGGGUUUAGGUUUAUGUCUGGUUCUUCAGUGUCUCUGUGUUCUCCUCACUGAUCUCUCAGUGAUUGUAAAUGCAGUUGGAGCAGGUGAGGGUGACCUGAGCUGGUCUGGACUCUGAGAGGUUGAGAGCUGUCUGGAAAGACGGUGACGUCUUGCCGGCCUGAGCCAACCCGUGACAACCCCCCCUUCUCCCCCUCAAACAAGGGUGUGUUGCGAGACUCAACUCUGUGCUGGAGACCAGGGAGACACUUUUAAAAAUCUCUGGUUGUUCAGCUCUCACUACUUUUGUAGCUUCUAACUGAAUCUCUGUGGUUUGAGGUGUAGUUUCUCUCCUGCGUCCCUGUUUGUACUUUCAGAUAUCUGCUUUAUUUUACCAUAAAGGCUCCAUAUAGGAGUCGUGUUAAUUUGCUGCUGAUGUCACAAUAGCCGCAAUAUUGAGAAUCCAACCGCAGGGGAUUACAAGCAAACAGGCUGAGUCAGACAGGCAGAGGGGAGUCAGACAGGCAGAGUUUUUUUUUGUGUGUGGCUGUCUGGCUCAGGGGGGAGGCGCCCUAGCGCCCUCUAUUGGCCGGCCGCCACUGGUCAGUAGGCUAUAUUAAAAACAAUCAAACCCAGUUUAUCAUAUUCUGUCAUCCUUGUGGAUUGUGGUUCAUCAUUAUCUCCAUUAUCUAUAACUUAGCAUGGUUGUAAGAAAUGCAUUCAUUUAAUCAUGACCUUGUUUCGUUGUUCUUUAGAGCUCACUGGUAUUUGUCCAGUUCCUCCAUGUCUCUGAUGAGCAGCACCUCAGCAUCUUCAGCUGUUCUGUUCACUUUAAUGAAGACUUCCAUGAUUGAAUCUUCCUCUGAUCAGGAAGCCUGUUGUUCUUCAUGCCUUUUUUCCCUCUCGGCGCUUUGUAGCCUCAAGGCUGAUUUACUUUACUUCGACUAAGUCUGUAAUCUGACAGCAGAAGUCCGAAAGUCAAGCGAUAUUUUAAUGUCGUCUUCGUCUCCUCAUGGCGUCUUGUUGGUGCCAGCUGAUUAGCUGAGCCAGCUAAUUAGUUUGGCCACUGGUUGUUUCUCAAUCCGUCUUUUCACAAAUCAGCGUCAAUCAAUAGUCUCCAGCACACUCUCCAGCUUCACAAUAAUUAGUUUGUAAAAAGUGUCGUCUAAACACGUCAGGUUUCUAGCUAUAGUAUCCUAACUGAGCUGUCACUCCUUGAUUCACUCUGUUAGUGGGAAACUAAUUGCGUGAAGGCCACUUUCUUCUUCUUCUUCUUCUUCUUCUUGUUCUUCUUCGGUGUUUAUUAGUGGUUGG